AUGGCGGAAGUCGACGCGAAGAUCCUGGCGCUCCAGGCCAAGAUCAAGGAGCUCAAGGUCGCUAAGAAGGAUGCGUCCAAGGAGGUCGAAGAGAUGAAGGCGCUCAAGGCCCAGCAGUCCAAGGAGAAGAAGGAGGGCUCCGGGUUCCAGCUCAAAGUGCCCAAGGGUACCAUCGAUCACAAGCCGGCGGCUGCUCUUCUACGCAAGAAGAUCUUUGCGUCGCUGGAGCGCAUCUUUUCCAAGCACGGUGGCGAGACGAUCGACACCCCCGUCUUUGAGCUCAAGGAGAUCCUUGCUGGCAAGUACGGCGAGGACUCGAAGCUCAUCUACGACCUGCAGGACCAGGGCGGCGAGCUGUGCUCGCUCCGCUACGACCUCACGGUCCCCUUUGCGCGUUACGUCGCGAUGAACGGCCUCACCAACAUCAAGCGCUACCACAUUGCCAAGGUGUACCGCCGCGACCAGCCGGUCAUGUCCAAGGGCCGCAUGCGCGAGUUCUACCAGUGCGACUUUGACAUUGCUGGCACGUACGACGCAAUGGUCCCCGACGCCGAGAUUCUGUACAUCCUGUGCGAGGCUCUCGACGCCUUGGAGAUUGGCGAGUACACCAUCAAGCUCAACCACCGCAAGAUCCUCGACGGUAUCUUUGAGCUCGCGGGCGUGCCUGCCGAGAAGACGCGCAUGAUCUCGUCGGCUGUCGACAAGCUCGACAAGCUCCCGUGGGCUGACGUGAAGAAGGAGAUGACCGCCGAGAAGGGGCUCGACGAGGCUGUGGCUGACCGCAUCGGCCAGUACGUUGGCCUCAAGGGCAAGGGCCGCGAGGUUCUCAACAAGCUGCAGGCGGACGAGGCGCUCAACGGCGUCAAGUCGGCCAAGGAGGGUCUCGCCGACAUGGCGAUCCUCUUCGACUACCUUGACUGCUUCGGUGUCACCGACAAGAUGUCGUUCGACAUGUCGCUGGCACGCGGCCUCGACUACUACACUGGCAUCAUCUACGAGGCGGUCACGGAGCUCUCGGCACCGCCUGUGGUGGACGAUGCCCCGGCAGUGCAGGACAAGAAGGAGAAGAAGGGCAAGAAGGCUGACAAGACGGUCAACGAGGACGGUGUCGACGAGAGCGCUGUGGGUGUGGGCUCGAUCGCUGCUGGUGGGCGGUACGACAACCUCGUCAACAUGUUUGCCGAGGCGGCAGGAUCCAAGCGCGAAAAGGUGCCGUGCGUGGGUGUUUCGAUCGGUGUUGAGCGUGUGUACGCAAUCCUCGAGGCCAGGCGUCGCGCGCAGGAGGCAAAGCCCCGGUCCAAGGAGACGGACGUGUACAUCAUGGCACUCGGCGGGGGGUUGCUGCCUGAGCGCAUGAAGUUUGCCAAGAAGCUCUGGGACGCGGGCAUCAAGGCCGAGUUCAUGUACAAGGCCAAGCCCAAGGCGCCGGCGCAGUGGUCGCAGGCCGACGCGGACCAGGUACGCUUCGUGGCUAUCCUUGCACCCAACGAGCUCGCGAACGGCAUCGUGCGCAUCAAGGAGCAGGGUGUUGAGCGUGCGGCCGGAACCGACAACGGCGAGGAGGUCUCGAUGGACAAGGUCGUUGAGUACCUCCGCGAGCGCCUUUAG